AUGUGGGCGAAAACAUGCGGCCCCUCCCUGGACUGCUUCCCAUCUGUGUGAGGUUAGUGUGUGAAGACUAACCAGGAGUUACACACACGGACGACGGACGAAGCCAAGAAUUAAGCAGGAUCAUCAUGGUAACCCUGAACACUCAAUCUCUGACCGCACCGGUGGGACUAAUCCGACUGUUUGAGUUUGUGCUGACGCUCAUCACCUUCAGCCUGGUGGCUUCUGUGGGCCACAGCGGCUCUUCAUUCUGGGCCUGGUGCAUGUUCACCUGGUGCUUCUGCUGUUUCAUGACCCUCCUCAUCCUCAUCCUGGAGCUCACCAACCUGAACACCAAGGUGCCCAUUUCUUGGGACGACUUCACCACGGCUUUUGCGAUGCUGUCCACGCUUAUGCUGUUGGCCGCGUCGGUCAUCUACCCCAAGUUCUUCGCGUGCUCCACGUGUGCGACCCAGAUCGCGGCCACAGUGAUAUCCUGCGUGUGUUUCGUCUUGUACGCGGCGGAGGUGGGUCUGACCCGGGCCAAACCCGGGGAGAUCAGCGGGUUCCUGUCCACCGUGCCGGGCUUACUGAAGGUCCUGGAGGCGUUCGUGGCCUGCAUCAUCUUCAUCUCUCUGGAUUCGGGGUUCUACCAAAUAUAUCCAGGGCUGCAGUGGUGCGUGGCCGUCUACUCAAUCUGCUUCAUCGUCUCGCUCCUCAUCAUCCUCCUGACGAUCGGACGCUUGCUGGCUCGAUGCCCCUUCCCGUUUGACAAGUGUCUGACGGGGUUCAACAUACUGGCGGUUCUAAUGUACUUCACGGCUGUGGUGAUAUGGCCAAUCUACUGUUUUGAGGGCAACCCGAGAUCAAUGUUAUGCCCGUCAAAUCAAAUAUACUGUCCAUGGGACAGCCUGGUUGUUGUGUCCUGCAUGACUUGCAUCAAUCUGAUCGUCUACAUUGUGGACACGGUUUACUCAGUGCGUCUGGUGUUCUUCGUUUCACCUGCCUAAACCACCUUGGUUGUGCGAUACAUCGUCAUUGUAUUGCAUCAGAUCGGAUGAGUCGUUAUACAGGAAGUUUUCCGCAUGACCGACUGACAGUUUAUUGGUAUUGUAUUUUGAAACAAUGUCGAAAUAUUUGAGAAUAUUUAGAAAUGUCUGGUUUGUAACACUGUCUUUUAUCAGUAAUCUGAUUAACACUGCUGUCGGUGCUGUCAAAUCGAUUAAUCACGAUUAAUCGCAUUUAACAUAAAAGUUUGUUUAUAUAAUAGAUCUCUCUGUGU